UCCAGCAACACGGCACACACUUUUUUUUUUUUUUUUUCUUUUACGGGAAGGAAUCGUUUUUGUGGUAUCGUUCUGAAUAGGACUUGGUCGAUAAGAUAAUGUGUGUGGUUGUUAAAAAAAGCUCUUCAUUCUGAAUUUGUUUCAAUGUAAAGACAAGCGGUUUCCCGGAUGUGAAAAACUUAAGGCCUGAUUCUUCUGCUACACGCGUGUAAAGCAUCUCAGUGCUUUUAGGAGACUGAAAGUGUGCUUGGAUGAUCAAAAGUCAUGUUUGGCUCAUCGAGAUCUGGAGGGGUGAGAGGAGGUCAGGACCAGUUCAACUGGGAUGAAGUGAAAGUGGAUAAACACAGAGAGAACUAUUUGGGGAAUUCUCUCAUGGCACCGGUUGGACGGUGGCAGAAAGGAAAGGAUUUGACAUGGUAUGCCAAAGAUAAGAAGGGUGGCACAUCUCUGUCUAAAGAGCAGGAGAUGGCAGCUGUACGGGAGGCAGAGCAUGAGGCCAUGUUGGCAGCACUGGGUCAUAAAACAAUCAAGAGACAACCAACUGGUCUUACCAAAGAGGAUCUUGCAGAUGUGUGCAGGAGGGAAGGUGAGGGGGAUGAAAGGAACGUGGACAGGGUCUCUGGACUUGGAAGCUCCAGGGCUGGGCCAAGAGGAAUGUUGCUUUCCAAGCAAGAAAAAGAAGCUGUAAAAAUGGGUUUGCCGGUUUUCACGCAUCACAAAGCUGACAGACCGCAGGAAGCUGCUAAGAUGCCAGAGGAGGCCAACAGACAUGAUAAAGGAGAUAAAAGAUCUGACAGCAAAAAGAAGAGUAAAAAGGAAAAGAAGAGCAAGAAGGAGAAAAAGAAGAAAAAAGAGAUGAAGAAACACAGAAGCAGAAAGGACUCUUCAGAUUCUGACUUUGAAAUAAACAGUAAAAGGCUGAGAAAAGAUUCCCGGGACCACCAUGGUCCUAAUCCAUCAAGGAGCAGUCAGAGUGGAGCUGGAGCCUGUGACAGCCAUUCAGGAGGGGGGCCAAAGGCCGACCGUAGGACACUGACCCCCCCUCACCAGCACCGCCGCCGGCGGCACGACACAGACUCGUCCUCUGAUGGCCACCGUGCUGGUCGAGGGUCCCCAUCACAAAGCUACCAGCGGCGCCACGAUAGCGGCUCAGACGACUGAUGCACCUGAGCCCCGCUAUUGCCCCUUUAUCCACACCUCCUCACCCUCAAACUCUGGACAACUUAGGCCACAAGGCAUGACAGCUCAGGGAGCACAGAUUUAUAUGCAGCACACUAAUAAGGAUUUCUGGGUACAUUACACCUGAAUAUCAUGUAAAUGCAGAGUAAAACUUUACCUUCAGACUAAUUAGCUUGAGGUGUGUACAGCACUCUUAUUCUGGACACAAAGUGAGACUGCAUUUCCUUUAGUUACUGGACUGUGCAGCAUAUCCUUUUUAAAGGCAUAGUUCACCCAAAAAUGCAAAUUCUCUUAUCAUUUACUCACCUGCAUGCCAUCCCCGAUGUAUAGGACUUUCUUUCUUUAGAUAAACACAAACUGAGAUUUUUACUAAAAUAAGUCAAUCUGUGUGAGUCCAUAUAAUGCAAGUGAAUGUGUGCCACACAGUUGACGUUUGAAAAACCACACAUGGCGAACAUGACGGUAAGUGACGUAAGUGCGUUUUGAAGAUCGCGCGAGAAGUAACAAGCACAGAGGAUCGACACUUCUCGCAUUUACAACACACUUACGUUAUGUGUCGCAAUGUCCCUCAUGAAUGCUCAUAUAACAAAAGUUAAAGUAGUUAAAAAAGUUACAAAUAUCAGUAUUUUUCUUAAACACCUAUCUUUUCUCUUUACAAGACAUUGAUUCAUCCAUUGGGGUCAUAUGGAUUACCGUCAUGAUCACUGUGUGUGUCAUUUUCUUUUAUUAAUUAAUUUUUUUUCCUUUUGAUUUUGAGCUGAAAUGUCUGGACACGUUUUGGUCUUCGAUGCAUAAAGAGAAAACUGUCACAUAAUAUCACAUGAUCUCCAGCGAUUAUAGCAGACAUGAUGACUAUUUAUUUUUGUAUAUGUUUGGUGAAAAUAAACUUUUUCCAACACA